AGGCACGAAGACGCACCAAGCGGAUGGACCAUGGCUGGUCUGGUGUCUCAGGGUGGUGCUGGGUUGUACUUUUAAGGCACACAAAUACCACACAAAGUUAUCCUGUUCUCGCAUGCUCCUCUCUGUCUAAAUAUUGAAUGAAUCCAGAGACAAAAACCUAUCUAUAGGUUUGCAGCAGCCCUCUGCUUUGAGCAACUCCCAGACAUGCUCCGGCAGCGCCUGGAGGAAUGGGAGCAGCCAAGGUUAACAGCCAUCAGUGAAGAAGUGUCUUACAUCCCUUUUUGUCUUCCUGCUCCCAGGGAUAGAGAAGUUUAAAGGCUGCUACUUACACAGCCGGGAGUACAAGGAGCCGGAAAAGUUCAGAGGGAAGAAAGUGCUGGUGGUCGGCUUGGGCAACUCUGGCUGUGACAUUGCUGUGGAGCUCAGCACCGUGGCCUCGCAGGUUUACCUGAGCUCUCGAAGGGGCUCCUGGGUGAUGAGCCGUGUCUGGAACUUCGGCUACCCCUGGGACAUGCUGCUCAUCACCCGCUUCUGGACGUGGCUGGACAACUUUCUCCCCAAGGCAGUCAGUGACUGGCUCUAUGUCAGGGGCAUGAACCAGCAGUACAAACAUGAGGACUUUGGCCUAAUGCCGGUGGAUGGAACAUCCCGCAGGGAACCAGUGCUGAAUGAUGACAUCCUGAGCCGCAUCACCUGUGGUGUGGUGCAGAUAAAGCCAAGCGUGAAGGAAUUCAGAGAAACGUCAGUCUUGUUUCAAGAUGGGACUGUGCAGGACGACCUCGAUGUGGUUAUCUUUGCCACUGGCUACUCUCACUCCUUUCCUUUCAUGGAGGAUGAAUCCAUCAUUGAAAGCAGAAACAAUGAGGUUAACCUCUACAAAUGCAUUGUUCCUCCUCAGCUGGAGAAGCCAACUAUGGCAGUCAUUGGGUUGGUCCAGUCCUUUGGACCCACCAUCCCGACAGCAGACGUCCAGUGCCGCUGGGCGAUCAAGGUGUUUCAGGGGCUCUGCAAGCUCCCCUCAGUGAGUGAGAUGCUGGAAGACAUAGAGGAGAAUAAGAGGAAUAAGAUCAAAUGGUUCAGGACAAGUGACACGCUGCAGACCGAUUACAUCACCUACAUGAAUGAGCUGACCUCAGCCAUUGGUGCGAAGCCCAACGUGCUCAAGCUCCUGCUGACAGACCCGCUACUGGCCCUGAAGGUCUUCUUUGGUCCCUGCACCCCCUACCAGUUCCGCCUGACAGGGCCGGGAAAGUGGAGUGGAGCCAGGAGAGCCAUCUUCACUCAGUGGGACCGAACGCUGAAGGCCACGAGGACACGUGAAGCCCCCCCUGCUACCACUACAGUCCCCAGCCUGCUGGUGCUGGGGAUGCUCUUCCUCCUGCUUCUCCUCCUCCUCACUGUGCUCUACUGGUAGGGGGAUGGGGAGGGCUGCAGGCUUACCGAGUGGCUUCUGUGUGUAGGAUGCUUUCUGCUGGCCACUGUCUGUGCUGCUGCCUCACUCCCUGCCUAGAUAAUUCUUCAAGAGCUCCCUUAUAUAUAAUAUACAGCUAUGGAAAUCAGUGUAACCUCGGUGCCUUGUCAAUUUGGGACCUUUCUCAGCUGUGGCGAUGACAAAGUAUGAAAGUGUCAGCUGGUGAUUUUAUCUCUAAACAUGUAUUCAAUGUGUGAUGCA